UCGGAUCGAGCCGACGACCAUGAUCGCUCAGUGCGGAGCAAAACCAGCGCCCAUGGCUGGAAACCCUAGCCAUUUCUCCCAAUCCAGUCGGAGCAGCGAUGGUGAGAGGGGCCGCGGCAGCGGCCAAAUCUCGCCGGCCAUGGCGGCGCGGCAGCUGCCCUCGCCGGCGCAGCAUGCAGCGGACUUAGUCUCGCGCGCUCCCCCGACGAGCGUGGUUCCAGCGUCGCGACCAUGGCGUCCAGUGCCGCGAUGUCGGGGAGCAUUUCGCUGGUGGUUGCCGGCGCAAACUUUGGCGGCAACGGCGACAUGCAAGGCGCGUAGGCCAGCCGACGCACGCCCCCAUCAGUGCAGGAGGGGCGGCUGCAUCUUUCCGCUCGUCAUCCCGAAGGACGACGACAUUCCGACCAUGGCGUGCACGCACGGCGGCGGCCGAGCGGACCCUGAAGGCCGGCGUCAUAAGGUAAAUCAGUCUGCUGUGAUGGUGAACGGGUUACAAAAAUACGGGUGGAAACUGAAGACCCUAGCGAUCAUAACUUCAGUCAGCCUGAUUUUGACGGCGUUCAGAUGUAGGAAAAGGUCGCUUCUGAUUUUCAUUUCCUUUUUCAUGCAGAUACCUCUUACCAUAAAGAGCGAGAAGUGUACCAACCGGUCUGGGUACUUUGGUUGAUCCUGACAUGGACCAACUGGAGGGUGCUCCCCCUGGCCAUGAGCCGAUCCACCGCCCAUUUCGCCGCUUGCUGGCUGUUCUUGUCCCGGUCGACGGCCACGAUGGUUGAGAUGUCCUUCCCGGCCUCGGGCUCCCCGCUGUGUGACGCUGUGGAGAAUGCCGAGAGGUACAUUUCUCAGCUCUCCGACCAGCCAACGAAGCGACCGAUGGGAGGGAGAGAGAGACAAAAGGGGAAUUUUGUCCCUCCUCCUCCCCCUUUGCUUAUCUCUCCUGCCCUGCCUGGCCGGGGUGUCCUCGUCCCUUGCUGUCGUGGCCGAACCCGGCCGAAACCGCGAUGUUGUUUUAGGGAGCUUGUGUUUGUUUUUGCCAAGUUUGGAUGCAGUGUGGUCGUGAGGAUUUUCUUAAUUUUCUGUGGCUCCUGUUUCCCCGCUUCUUAAGCAAGGGGUGUAGACGGGCGGACCACCUGUUCAAUGCCACCUUUUUGCUUGUUUCUAAGAAUAGCAGGUGACAGACAGGGGUGUUGCUGAAUUUCCUUUCUGAA